CGAAAGUUACGCUCGGCCUGUCACGCAGAUAUAUAUUAUAUAUCCGGCGUACGCGGUCGGGGAGCGGGAUGGCCCUGCAGUUGCGCAGUGAGGCCCGCGGGCAGUGACAGGCGCCGCGGAGAAGGCCGCGCACCGGGCCGGGGCCAUGGCAGAGACCAAGGAGGUCCCAGGCGGCGGCGGCGGCCCUGAGGAAACAGGCGGCGCCCAUACUGCCGCCGCCGCCGCCUCGGAGUCGCUGAGCGCGGGGGAGUACUCUCGGCGGGUGCACCAGUGGCUGUGGGACUCGUACUGCGGAUACCUGAGCUGGCAGAGCGGCCUGGCCGCGCUCAUGGCCGGAGCCGCCGCCUCCGCCGCCCCGCCUCCCGGCGGCUACUACUACAGCCCCUUCCACUACCUCCUCGCGACCCCUCCGGCUCCCGCUGCGAGCGGCCCCGCCCCGCCGCGCGCGGCCCCGGCUUGGCAACCGCCCGCGGGCAGGCACGCGCCCCUGACCCAACGGGCCGCCCCCGCCCCCGCCGCCAGCUCCCUGAGGGAACCCGGCCGGCCGGCAGGUCGUGAAUAUAUUAUCCCAUCCUUGGCUCACAGGUUUAUAGCAGAGAUGGUGGACUUCUUCAUUCUUUUCUUUAUUAAAGCAACCAUAGUUUUGAGUAUUAUGCACCUCAGUGGAAUAAAGGAUAUAUCCAAGUUUGCCAUGCAUUACAUCAUAGAGGAAAUAGAUGAAGACACUUCCAUGGAAGAUUUACAGAAAAUGAUGAUAGUGGCCCUUGUCUACAGAUUGCUAGUCUGCUUCUAUGAGAUUAUUUGCAUUUGGGGAGCAGGUGGAGCAACCCCAGGGAAAUUUCUGCUUGGGCUUCGAGUUGUGACAUGUGACACAUCUGUACUUAUUGCACCAAGUCGCGUGUUAGUGAUUCCAUCUUCUAAUGUGAGCAUGACAACAUCUACAAUACGAGCUUUGAUCAAGAAUUUUUCUAUUGCUUCCUUUUUUCCUGCAUUCAUUACCCUGCUGUUCUUUCAGCAUAACCGAACAGCCUAUGAUAUUGUAGCAGGAACAAUUGUGGUAAAACGAAAUGGUGUCAGAUGAUACACAAGGAAGCCAGGAUUCUACUGUUCAAAUGUGCUGAUGACAUCUGGUGGAUUUCUGAAUCUGUCACGCCAGAACAGUGCCAAUGAUGACACUGAACUUUUUUUUAAUUCCAGCAGUGCCAUAAACAUUGGAGAAAACGGCACUGAUAUAAUUUGAGAGUAUUUGAACUGAUCAAGAGAAUUAGUUAUCUUUAAAAGCUAUUGGCAGCCUACGGUCAGAGUGUCUUCUAGUGUAUGAGAAAUGCUAGUUCUACAGUGAGGGUCCUAUAGCAAAAGAGAGACUUAUUUUUCAUGAAAACUAUUACAGGAGAUAACCAAAGGGAUUAUAGUGUUUGCGGCAAAUUGCUAGAAGUUAUAUAAUGCUAUGGUGGCAGACUUGAGUUGCCACUUUAUAAAAGCCUUAUCAUGAAUUUCUCAUGCAAACAUUGUAUUUUAAUACUCAAAAGUUUUCUUUAAACAUCUUGUGUGUCUUGCAUGAUGAAGAGAUCUUGAACACAAAUCCAGUAACUGAAUAUGUGCUAUAUCAUGGAAGGCAGAUAAUUCUGGUAUUGGUAAACUGGUAUAUAUUGGAGUUCUGGCAGUAUUACUAUAGGGAAUAGAUGCAAAUUACAUGUUAAUCACUGCUUAGGAUAAGGAAAAGUUUGAUUUCUCUCUCGUCCCCCUUCCCCUUUGUAAGAGCACAGAAAACUUAAACUAGUGCAAAAA